CAAGCGGAGGUAGUCAGGUUGCGGUGCUGUCUUGGUGCUGGUGGUGCUGAAAUUGCAGCCUGCAGCAAUGUGGUCGGUGUUUUUCGUUUUCCUGUCUUACUUAGACGGGGAAUUCGUUAAGGCAGACUUCUUAAGCAAUUCCUUGGAGGCAGAGAAGGAGAGUAAAGAAUUCUUUUACUUGCUCAACAAUACCCUGUGCGCCAAAAGGUCAAAUGUCGGCGAGUACCAUCUGCUUCAAGUGUCGGACGGAAUUGAAGAAGUCCGUUCUGUUCACGAUGCCACCGGUAAACUAGUCGACUGCGCGUUAACAACAGACCAAAUGCAAGUUAAAUCAUUCAUGUAUGUGUGUAAAUUAGGACUGAGAGGUCAGGUCACAAUUCCCACCGCUCUGAAUCCCAGCUUUACGAACAUUACUGACGUUAAGUUGAAGUGCCUCCAGUUGAAAUCGAAGCGCUCGACAGAUGCUGCAAGUCAACUGCCAGUACGUGAAAGGGGGAAAGUCGAGGGGAAAGGAACUGAUUCUUCAAUCCUGCGCAGAUCCAAGCGCGGCUUUACCUACCCUGGGACUUUGUGGUGUGGCGCCGGUAACAAUGCUGAACAUUAUGAGCAACUCGGGGAAUUCGCUGAGACCGACAAAUGUUGCCGCGUGCAUGACCACUGUCCCCACGUCAUCCAUGCUUUCUCCUCCAAUUAUGGUUACACCAACUUUAAAUGGCACUCAAUUAGCCACUGCGACUGCGAUAACACAAUGAAGGCAUGUCUCCGGGAUGUGAAUGACACUUCCUCCAGAAUCGUUGGACAGGCAUUCUUCAAUGUCCUCGAGGCACCCUGCUUUGAGUUCUCCUAUGAGGAGCAGUGUGUUGAAAGACACUGGUAUGGAGUGUGUAAGCAGUACGACAAGGUUCCGGUGGCCGUACUGAAAGAGUCCAUAGCGUAUGAUUUUGGCGGCAUCGAUGUCAUUGAUGACCUGCCCUUGCCUCCUGUGGAGAACACUCAAGAGGCCGGCGCAUCGCCAGAGGAGACUCCGGCGGGAGCGGGCACCGCCCAGUCCACCGCGUCCGCGUCCGCCUCCCAGACCACCACCCCGGAGGCGCCCUCGCUCACCAACAUGGUGACCGCGGCCGAGGACUUCAUCAAAGUGCUCGCCACCGUGUCCACCUCGCAGAGCUCCUCGCCGGACGCCACCAAGGAGGAGGCGCAGGGCGCGGAGAAGAAACGGAAGAAGAACGCCGGCGGCAAGAAGAGGAAGAACAAAAAGAGGAGGGGGAAGGGCAAAGGGAGGAGGAGGAGGCCGAGCGUGGAGACGGUCGUCAAGACGGACGAGGGCACGGUGGGCACUCCCUCCUGCCACGUGCCCGAAGAGGUCAGCCGAAGGACCAACAUCAUCGAAGACCCGGCGCGAACCAAGCAGGCGGAGGCCAACGUGGACAAUUUCAUGAGGAGCGAGGCCGACCUGGAGGCCCAAGAGGAGCUGUCCAACACCAUGAUGAGGGACGACCCUCAGAGGGCAGCCGGUGCAACGGAAUCGGCGAAGGAAGAGUCGCAGAAGGACAAAGGCGAUGAUGACAAGCGCACGCUCUCCGCCACUGCCUCUCCCGCCCUCACUGUAAACAUGGGGAUUAUCAAAAGCAAGACCCACAGGGAGAGAGUCAGGCUGGGGCAGAAGAGGCUGAGGCACAAGCUGCGAGCAGCUACACCCUCCCCCAGCGCCCCGCAAGCUCAUGAGGACACACAAGAAGAUCAGUCCAUCACGGCGUCUGUCAGAGACGGCAGCGACGGCGCCGCGGUUGAAAGCGGGCGAGCCGAGGCUGCGGGACAGCCCAGCUCAGGCACCCUGGGAAACGCAAGCGAAGAGGGCCCCGUUGCCACGACAGCAGGGGCGCCCACCACCAAGCCUCCGCAGCCCAAAAGGCCGAGGUCAAAGGAGAGGGGGAUGGGAGGGGGGAGAAAGAGAGCGGGAAAAGUUAUACCUCCUUUAGAGGAAGGAGAGGGGCCUCAACACACGGAGAGUGAAAAGGAGCCCACUGGUGGGACUCCGGUAGUUUCCGCCUCUGAGGUGAGCGUGCCAGGCUACCACGUCUCCCCUAAAAGACUGGACUACCACAGCGUGGCCAGGCUGGCGCCUCCCACAAUCAGUAAACCCUCGGAGCCCUCACGGAGAGGCAAGCGACAAAGGUCAAGAGAGUCCCGAGAACGGAGGAAAAACGGUCACAUUUUUGGCACGACUUUCGCCCCCACUCUAACUCCCAUGUCCACCCACACGGUUCCUGUGCAAAACCAAGACAAAGCUGACUAUGAGGUGAUGCUGACCGCUAGUGUGAGCUCCACCACAGUCCCUCCCCAGUCCGACACAAGCACUUUGGCCCGACACGGGCCGACGGUCAAAGACACGAGCACACAGGAGACCCCGCUUUUUCCCCUGACCAAUAUCCCUCCCGGAGACCCACAGAAACCAAAACGCAAGAGGCAGGAAAGGCGCGAGAGGAAGAAACAGAGAAAGCUCUUCACUGAUCAUUGAUCGAGUGUUUGAAUCUUAACUAUUCCAUAGUUACCUUUAGGGCCUCAAAAAAAUGGCCAAAGAUUGUCUUGGUUACCCUUAAAAUGAGCAACAGUGUUGAUACUCUACACAGCUAUUUUUGUUUUUCUACAAUUGUGGAUUUAGUUUUGUAAAGUCUGUGUCAGUAAUUGUUACCAGAUUUUAUGGAAUGUGUGAAGCAAUAUGAGAAAAGAAAAGAAAGUACGGUGUCAACAGGGUUUAAUAAAGUACUGAAGCAUGA